ACCCUGCAUUCUCAUCAUGGACUCCCUGAAGAUCUCUUACCAUGAGAGCAUCUAUAAGCUCUUGCGGGAUUACCUACAUGUAGAGUGGGAGGUGCGUAGAGGAACACGCAGAGACUUCACUGUGGACAGUAUGAAGGCUUCCCACUGUACAGUCCCUCUACAGGACAACAGCAGCGACUGUGGCCUCUACCUKCUGCAGUACGUGGAGAGCUUUCUGCAGAACCCAGUGGUGCACUUUGACCUCCCCCUGCGUUUGGAGCGCUGGUUUCCACGGCAACAGGUGUGGAGGAAGAGGGAGGAGAUCCGGAGCCUGGUGAUGGAGCUGCACGGUCGCCAAGGCAACGGCGGGAGCAGCUGCAGGUAGCCAGGGUACCUGAUCAGCAAUGCACUACUACUACAAUACCCCUAAACUGUGAAGGACUUUUAUUUUUUAAAUGUACAAUACAUGUAAUAUUUAUACUAUUUUUGUAUUACUAUUUUUUAAAUAAAAUGUCACAGGAUGUUUGUUUCUCACUUGUAUGUAAUGUGAAUGUACAGAAUAAUAGGAUUGUAAAAUUGAAUAAAAUUGUUGAUGUAAUGUUUAGUUUUUAGAAGAGAGCAUUUGGAAUGGACAUUAUUACACAAGGAUAUGAGUGAGCACACACKWCUAGUUUGCUGAGCAGAAGCGUAACUCAUGUACCCAGAACAGGUUUCUUUUUCAAAUGUCCUUAUGACUCACACAUAAAACCACUAUAAAUAUUAAAGUCAAUAUUACUCAGUUAUUCCUGUUCCGUGUGUCCGGCUGUUGUUCCUGACCAUCGGUCAUAAAGGACUCAAUAUGCACAUGAUUGUUAGCAGCUGCUAAACAAUAGUGUUAUCACUACAGACGAGUCAACAUGUUGGCAGUGUUUUACUUUUGGCUCGUCAUGAUGUAGCUGCUUAGUUUGUAAGAAAAAGKCAAUGUUCCAGUGGGGAACACCGAGUAAGCUUACACAAUGACCGCUUGUAAUAUGAUGAUUAGAACAGCACCUCUCCCCUGUUCUGUUUACUAAAUUCCCCUCCAACUUUGUGCUGUAUGAAAGUCUAGGGACCUGACUCACUCUGUCAUAAGAAACAGAAAUAACAUUCUCCCCACACAGUAAGGGUUUCCAUUUGGGUUUCUGUUUGUUUUCAUGGUGUAAACAUUGAUUUGUUAAUGGCAUGUUUAUAAUGAUGUAUUUACAAUAAUGUAUUUAUAAUGUGGUAUAUUCCUGGAUUAAAGAUGCCCCCAAAGUCUACCUAGCAARGRCUGGACAGAACUCUCUUCUGUCACCAUCACAAUAUUGUAGAGCYAGAAUCCCAGAUAUGACCUUUUAAGUUAUUGUGUGUUUUUCACACGGGCACAGUUAAUAGGUUUUUCAGUUUGMGUCGUUAACACUAAGUCUGAUAGGAUAUGUGCUUAACCAUAUGUACUUAAUUGGGUUAAGUUGGUAGAAUGAGCGUUUUUGGAUAAUUGGAGUCUUUGGUGCAGCCUCUCACAGCAUGUGGGCCCCAGACAGAGCCCUCUUAGACAGGACAGAGCCCUCCUCCACCCCUACUGGUGUUGGAAGGGUAAAGUCACCCCCCCACACCUCCCAAAUGAAUUGGGCUACCCUUCCUAUUCGCCCCAUCCAAAUCUCUACCCCAUUGAUUUAGCCACUGUCAGAAAAUGGCCCCACUACUACAGUAUAAAAACUAGUGUUUAUCAAUUCUUCCAUAUUGUUAUCCUAAUGCUAUAAUUAUGUUGGCUUUAAUUUUGUCUUAUAGUUAGUUAAAGCCGUAUAGUCCAAAAUGCAGUAGCCGGUUUGAAGGUUUAAAUUGUGCUGUUAAGGUAGCCACUGGUUCACUAUGGAUGGGCUUUACGGCUGGGUUCAAGGGUUCCAUAGAAUGAACCAAGGACAUCCAUACUGCUUAACUCGUCUUACACCUUCCAGCCUACAACUACUAAUGCAUUGGUUUAGGGUCUGGAGAUCAGGACUGAGAUCAAUGUCCUUCCAAUAGACAGGUCCAGAUAGUCAACAGGUAGUCUGGAGACYUGUUUUAUAGAGAACCCUGUUAAAGCAGUUUGAAGUUAGUUUUGUUUUUAUUUACAGAUUGUUUAACUCAUUUAAAUGGGCUAACAUCAAAUCUACUUUGUAAUGACAAUAAAGAAACUCCGUGUGACCGA